AAAACACAACUGUUCAAACACUGAUUGCAAGAUGGUAAUGAAAUUGGCUUACUGGGAUAUACGCGGGCUUGCUCAACCAAUCCGUCUGCUGUUGGAAUACACUGGCAUGGAGUAUGAGGAAAAGUUGUAUUCCUGCGGUGAAGGCCCCAACUAUGACAGAAGUUGUUGGUUUGAUGAGAAGGACAAACUCGGAAUGGAUUUCCCUAAUUUGCCCUACCUACUGGACGGCGACACGAAGAUUGUCCAAAGCAAUGCCAUUAUGAGAUACAUUGCACGCAAAAACAACCUUUGUGGGGAAACUGAAGAGGAACGGGUGAGGGUUGACAUCUUGGAAAAUCAGGCAAUGGACUUCCGCAAUGGUUUUUUUCGAGUCUGUUAUGGAAACUUUGACAAACUCAAACCGUGCUACAUUGAGGCACUGCCGGGAAUUUUAAAGCAGAUGUCUGAUUUUCUUGGUGAUAGGAAGUGGUUUGCUGGAAACAAGAUCACAUUUGUGGACUUCAUUAUGUACGAGUUGUUGGAUCAGCACCGUAUGUUUUGUUCAGAAUGCUUGGAUGACUUCAAAAAUCUUCGGUGCUUUAUGGAUCGCUUUGAGAGCCUUGAGAAGAUUGUUGCAUACAUGAAGUCCAGCAAAUUCAUCAAAACCCCUGUUAACAACAAGAUGGCAAAAUGGGGAAACAAGAAGGAGUGAAAAUGUUAAGAUUGUCAUAGGAUUACAUACAUUAGAUGCUUGGUCAAUGCAGUUAAAAUGCACAUGCUGUGAUUUUUCUUUUACAUGUUUUACAAAAUAUUUGAAAAACAAUUUAAGCAUAAUUAUUUAUAUACAUUCAAUUGGCAGGUGACCUUAUAAGCAUUAGGCACAGAUUAUAAAAAAACAUUUCAAAAUAAUCAAUAAUUUUUUGUUUCCUAUAAAUGUAGUGCAGUUGAAAAGCAUUAAUUUAGUUAAAACCGUUCAUGUCAAGUGUUGCACUUUUCAGUUCCAUGAAAAGAAAAAUAAUUCACUGUUGUUACAUUCACAGAUUUCAGUGUUGUGAUGCUCCAUGUAACAAUUGUAAAGAAAUUGAUCCAAUACAGCUGUUU